CGCGGACAGACCCUCACCAGGAUCAGAGGGGAGAAUAUUCAGACUGUGACAUCAUCUUUGAAUCUGUGGAAGUUUGCCUUUGCAUGGAUUUAUUUAGAACCGAUUGCGAGUAAAAACUACCAGGAUCCUGAAGUUCUCUGCAGAUAUUUACUGAACAGCUAUGCUGUGUUUAGGAGACUCCGCAGACUGCGUCCGGGACCAUAUGCAGUGCAUGAUGAGAUCGCUGCAGGACCUGAAACAGAUCAACAGGCCCAGGCCACUGAGUGAACCAUGUGUCCAGUCCUUCGCCGUCACACGGCUCUGCAAACAGAGGGCACAGCAGGAGCGACUCAUCCGUCUACGGGUGUCUGACGCCAGUGAAGCCAGCACAUAUGACUCUGCCUGCUGCCUGGCCAGCCCUCUGGAGGAAGAGGAGGAAGAAGAGGAGCAGCAGCAUGAGCGGUUGACUCAAGGCUCCCCGAGCAGUGAGAAAAGUCUGGACGUGGACUCGGGCUACUCUGAGGCUUCCUGGCAUGACGAAGGUGUGGUGCUGAGGAGGACCAGAAAUGUGCGGGUCUCUUCUUCUGCGUGUCUCCGCACAAACACAGGACACACUGGUAGAAUCAGACCCAAAUCAACCUCGGACGCUUGCUUGGAGCGGUGGACCUCAUUUGAGGCCAGUGAGCAGGAGGACUACACAUCCCUGCUGAGCCGCAGCAGGAACAGACAGCCACUGGUUCUUGGAGACAACAGCUUUGCAGACCUCAUAAAGAACUGGAUGGACUUACCAGAGUGUCCCGAACCAGCAGAACUAAAGCCCAGUGCGGGCAGGCGUCUGGCUAAAGACAUUUUGGUGAACAUGAGGCGCAGGCUGGCAGGGAUGUCUAAGGGUGUGGAGGUCAGGAUGAGGCUGGCAGACCACACGAGGGCCAGCAGAACUGCAGAGGCCUCUAAACGGAUGUCCUGCCCUGUGGGACUCCAGGCUCUCAAACCUUUCUUCCACCAGUCUCACACAGGCCUGCACCAACUAGACACUGACUUCUACCAGUUCACUGCUCUGAUGAAAACAGGCAGCAGACAGCCUAUCAUAUGCAACGACAUCAUUGGAUACAUUUAAACGAGGCUGUAAUAACAGACUGAGCUCAAAACACUUAUUGUAUUAAGAUGGUUCUAUUUUUAUACUUGGAAUUUGUUCAGAAUGUUGAUGCAUGUGGAAUAAAUGUUCUUUUGAAUUUAA